AUUUCGGUUGCUAUCUGUUCAUUUGUUUUUUUCCUUUCAAAUCUCUCAAUUCACCUGAAGAAAAUGGCGACGAAACGGCUUCUUAGUGAAUCAUGUUCCGAUCCAAAUGAGUCGGCGAAGGAAAAACGCAUGAAACUUCUUCCUUCUUUUGCUGCUGUGAUCGGAGACGAUGCCAUGGUUAAAUGCUUGUCUGCAGCUCUUGAACCAGUCCUUAGAAGAGUGGUGAACGAAGAAGUAGAGCGCAGUCUUCGAAACCGAAUCCGUUUUUUCAGCAGGUCCCCCUCUCUUCGAAUCCAAGCGCCGGAGCCAUCGACCCUCGAGCUGAUUUUCCCUAAACCCCUUACCGUUCCGAUCUUUACCGGCAGCAAGAUCGUCGAUGAAGAGAGUUACCAGCUUCGAGUCAUGUUGGUUGAUACCAGGGGAAACCAAACGGUCCCGGUUCUUUUUCCAAGCCCAAUUAAAGUAGAUAUCGUGGUUCUGGACGGCGACUUUCCAUCUGUCGACGGUAAGAGUUGGAGUAGCGAAGAGUUUGAUCGGAGCAUCGUGAGAGAAAGAACUGGGAGACGUCCCUUGCUUACCGGAGAGUUAACGGUCACGGUGCGGGACGGAGUUGGCUUGAUCGGUGAUAUCGAAUUAACGGAUAAUUCAAGCUGGAUUCGGAGUCGGAAGUUCCGAAUCGGUGCAAAGGUUGCGCAAGGGAGUUCCAAUGGUGUUCGGAUUCGAGAAGCCAUGACUGAAGCUUUUGUUGUCAAAGACCAACGUGGCGAACUAUACAAGAAACAUCAUCCACCCACGUUGGGAGAUGAGGUUUGGCGUCUAGUGAAGAUCGGUAAAGAUGGAGUAUUCCACAAAAGGCUAGCCUCUGCGUGCAUUAACACAGUGCAGGACUUCUUGAAAAUGUGGGUCGUCGAUCAUGCCAGGCUUAGAACUAUUUUAGGCACCGGAAUGUCGGAGAAAAUGUGGAGCGUCACAAUCAAGCAUGCCAAAACUUGUGUCAUGGGAAACAAACAUUAUGUUUUUGGAGGAUCGAAUUGCAGAAUCUGGUUGAGUCCCAUUUGCCAACUUAUUAAAGCAGAGAUCAAUGGGACAUUUUAUCCUACUCACAACCUCGGUGGUACUAACAAAGCAUACUUUGAAAACUUGGUCAGACAAGCAUACGCAAAUUGGUCUUCCCUGGAAGAGAUAGAAGAGAUUUCCAAUGAAAUCGGCCUUCUCACGCAAGGGGAUCAUGUGGUAGACCCAUACCCCAAUCAUCAACAAACCAUGGUGAGAUCAUUUCAACAAAAUGCGUAUCUCACUGAUUGUUCGAUCGAGGGAUAUUUGCCGAGCGAAAUGCAAGCAGACGGCGGUAGCUGGGAAGCAAGUCCGACGUAUUUCAACACCGUAAAUGAAAAUGGGGUGGGAAUAAACAUAUUGAAGUCGAAUUCGGAAGACGAUUUGACAUCUCCGAGAUCCUUUAUCACAGAGGGUUGAAGGUGACUUAUGCAUAACUGUUGAAGCAUUUAGCAUAAACGUGGGAACGUAUUUAAGUUGCAAGUGUACUUCUUUUUCUUCCUUCCCC